AUGAAGGAAACGAAGAAUAUGCGCACUUUUGUUAAAAUACGUGCAUUUCUUAUGUUAACAUGGAUUUAUAGCAUUAUUGAAUUGUCUUCAAUUGGUAAAAUAUUGAGUAAAUCAUACUAUCUAAAUGGGAAAUUUGGAAUAAAAAAUCAACGGAUACUGGCAAAGAAUGGAAUGGAAAAGGAAUUAAAAAAUCCACAAAUGGAUGAACAUAAUUGUUACCAAAGCGGAAAUACAAAUUUAAGAAUUGAAAAUAAUCAUAAUUCAUCAUUUAAUCAACUGGAAAAAACUACCAAUAAAAGUAAUAGUGUUAAUAAAAGUUCUAAAAAAAAUAAAUUAGUUAUGAAAUCAUUGUUAAAGAAUUCUAAUUUAAGGAGUAAAGAAAGAAUUAUAGCAGAAUAUAAAAACAUAAAAAAUAUCAAGCAACGCAUAGAAUUGUAUAAAGCGAGAAGAAGAAGAAAUCGUUUUAUACAUAAUUUUGAAUUUUUUUUCUCAUUUUUUUCAUUUGGUAUAUUUUUAUCCAUAUUUCCCACAUUACUUAUAACAGAUUAUUUUUCAAAAACUCAUUAUAAUUUUUUAGUGUUUUUGUAUUACGGAGCUUGUGUUGCAUUUAUUGCUAUAUUAGCAUUAGCUAUUAUUUAUCUUAUGGAUUAA